AUGCUGGUGUUGGCCACUGCAAAGAGUUCACCAUUUGGCUGGAGGAAGGGAGCGGUCUCGUGUGGUGGGGGAACGGAAGUUACUUCUUCCAUGUCGCCAAGUUUGAAGGAAACCCCGACCGCAUCACCUGGUAUCCGCGGGACUCUUCGAAGCUACCCUUCAAGUGGAACGCCUUGGAUCCUGUGGAGGAGCCACGGUCCUACAACGGGUGGCGAGGUGAAUCUGGAUACCGCUACGACUACAAAGACCACAUCCAGGAUUCUCACGAGAAGUAUCCGUCCUGGAGAGAUGGAAGCAGGCGGUUCGGGAAAAGCUAUCAGAAAGCUGGCUGGGAAAGCGAGUGGACAGGGGAGAGGAGCCCGGCCCUCCAGGAAAGCGAACCAGAGCCUGAGGAGCUACCACUCCAGCGGCGCAAGCUGA